AGUUCGUGAAUAGCUCUGCCUCUGUCUUAGGGAGUUUUUAGCGCUGCCAGCUACAUCGAAACCUACCAGAAAUUCGGCACUAGUAUGCAUGGAUGACCAUCUCCUGCCAUGGAGACGGUUUGAAAUUUAAUGGGAAAAUUUGUAGUUUUGUAUUUAUGAAAAGUAGUUGAGGGUUAAGUUUCUGCGUUAUAGCGUAACAAUUUGUUAAAUAUUUACUUGUUUCCAAUCCAUUUGUUUCAACUAUUUUUUACUGUUGUAUAAAUUCGGAGUUAGCUGUAUAUAAGGUUUUCGCUGUAACAGUUUUUGAUCGUUGAUUUAUCGGGAAACUUGCUAACCUCGAAAAUGUCCGGCAAAGGCGCGAAAAAGGCACCGAAGAAGAAGGGUGCUAAUGGUUACAAAUUACCCGAUCCUAUCCCUAAUGGAGAAAUUUUAACAGACGUGGCUAAGAAACGAUGGAUAAUCGGCCCUUCUAUCGGUGUCGGUGGUUUCGGGGAAAUUUACUCAGCUGCAUCGUACACCGAUGGAAAAUCUAAGACUUACCCAUACGUUAUCAAGAUAGAACCUCAUGAGAAUGGACCCCUGUUUGUUGAGAUGCAUUUUUACAUGCGUAAUGCUAAGCCAUCCGACAUCGAAUCAUGGAAGAGAGAACGAAAACUUCCAUUCCUUGGAAUGCCAAGCUACAUUGGUUCUGGUAGUCACGAAUGUCAUAACACAAAGUACAGAUUUGUGGUAAUGGAACGAUUCGGAAAAAACUUAUGGGACAUCUUUUUGGAAAAUAAUCGUAUAUUUCCAGAACACACAGUAUAUAAUAUUGCUUUGCAAAUCAUUGAUGUCUUGGAAUAUAUGCACAACAGAACUUAUGUGCAUGCUGACAUAAAGGGUGCAAAUUUGUUGCAAAGUCUAAAGUCUGCAGACCACAAUUAUCUAGUAGAUUUUGGGUUGGCAUCACACUACACAAAUAAGACUGAGUAUAAGCCUGAUCCUAAGAAAACUCAUAAUGGUACAAUUGAGUACACAAGCAGAGAUAUGCACAUGGGAAUUCCAACGAUGCGGGGUGAUUUUGAAAUUUUAGGAUAUAACAUGAUACAAUGGCUGUGCGGUUCACUACCCUGGGAAAAAAAUUUAAUAGAGCCAUUGAAUGUUCAGAAACAAAAGGAAAAAGCUUUCGAAGACAUUCCACAGUUUUUAAAAAAAUGCUUCUCCAAUACUGUACCCGAAUCUAUUUUCAAGUUCAUGAAACUGAUCAAUGUUACUAAAUUCAAUGAGUCGCCAAACUAUGCCAAAUUCAAAGAUAUCCUUAUUAGAGGACUAAAAGAUAUCGGUCACAAACCAGGUGAAAGAUUAGGAUUUUCUGCCAGUAGUACUGUUUCGAAGGUUUUGGCAACACCUGGAAAAAUUAAAAAACCAGCGUCUGAAGUUUUGAGGAAGAGUCCUCGUAUGCAAAAGACAAGAAGUCCAAGUCCUGUAUCAAACGCACUUAAUGACAGUGAUCUUGGAUCGCUUAUAAUUUCUAGUAGGAAAGGAAAAAGAGUUCAAGAUAAGCGAAGAAUAUUGAAGAACAUUGAGGUCACAGAUGAUUCGGACACGGAAAUUGAAAUAAAAAUCAAGAGAAAGAAGAAAAACAAAAAAGAUGAGAAUUCAGAGGUGGUUAAUAAAGAUAUUGGCCAGAAACCAUUGAAACGAAUAACAAAAAAAUCACAGAAGCAAUAUGACCCUGAUGAAACGGUAUCUGAUGAUGAAACACAGAUACAGGGAACUAAAUCGCGACCAAAAGUGCUAACAAAGCCAAAGAAGAAACUCAUUGAAUCAGAAGAAUCGCUAGUCGAAAACAACAGUGAUGAGGACAUGUUUGGCGACGAUGACGAGGACGUAUGUAAGACAUCGUCCAAAAAGCCUGCAAAAUCGUGGAGAGAUGCUCCGACAGUGAAAAGUAGUAACACCAUCAAACCGGGGGAGUAUAAAAGUGUAAAUAAGAGUAAAACACCAAGGAACAGGAGAGGUAACUUGUGUUCCUAAUAAAUUUCACCACAUCGUACUAAUUCCAAUGAAUAUUUUCAUUUUAAAGUUUCCGCCCUUUAGACGUUAUCAGCUAAUAUAUACAUUAUUUCACUAUCAGCAACUACCCUAUGUUACUAUUCCUGUAUUGAUAAUGAUUGUGAUUAAAUAUUUUGAAUCAUUUUUGUUAUAUCUUCCCGAUUGAUCAGUAUGUUCAUUGUACAAUAAGCUAUGAAAUAAUUAUCAGGUGAGUGUUGAAAUAAGGUCGUCCAAAGAUUGUUUAGAAUUAAAUAUCUUUUUUUUUACGGAAUUGCAUACACAUAUAUACAGCCUGUAAAACCGAUACGACUAUCACGUUUUGACCACCAUCUACACCUCACUUGAAUACAAUGAUCAUGAUGUUUCAUUAACAUGAUUCCUUACUUUUUCAGUUUUUGCAUUUGCGGAGCACUGAUUUUGACCUUUCCAGGAAGGUUUCUGGCCAUAACUUCAUCUUUAACUGCCUUCAAUAGAUCCUUUUCUCGAGGCGUAGUUCC